UGGUAAACAGACUUGAAUCUGGAUAUGACUUGAAUAUCGAAAUCGACGCAAGCCAGAUUGUGGAUAUCGGGAUGGAUGGAUGGACGCAUUCAUAUUGACGAUUAAUCAACCUGGAUUAAAAGCGAGACGCGGUGCGCACUUUAUAGAACAAGCAGAAUCGGGGUCACAAGUAACCGACGAAUGGAGAACCCCCGAUGGAGGUCAAAAUCAGCGAGCCUCUCUUGGAUGACGUGCCUCCUCCAUCGCAAUGGUUGUGCUCGCAUUCGUUUCCCGAAUGGUUCCAAAGGCUGUCGCAAUGUUUCGUGGAGAAUCUUCGCUCUGAAACCAUGACCGACGUGGUUCUUCAAUGUCAUAAUGGACAAGUCCGGGCUCACAAGGCCAUCCUAGCCUUGGCCAGUCCAAUUUUGAACCGAACUAUGGCCAGCCUACCUCAGGAUGAAGACCUGGACAUCAUUAUACCCGACUAUCCCGUAGAAAUGGUCUCCACUCUACUAGAAUGUUUGUAUGCGGGCACGAUCCCGAGUGACGCCACCACUUCCAGGGUGUGUUCCAAUCUGUCCGAUCUCUUGGGAUUCACGGGCACACGCUUAGAUCGCUCGGAGAUGCGGGAUGAAUUGGACGACUCCUUAUUCGAAAUGAUUCAAACCGACGGCGGGGAUCUACUACUUUUACCACAAGCCAUGGAUGUGAAUCAGGAACACGACUCGUGGAACUCGACUCGUGAACUCACCCAGAUGCAGAAAUCCGUGUGUCAAAUUUGCAAUUCGAGCGUGAUCAAUCAUCGGGUGAGGAAACCCGGUCCCCAUUCCUCGAAUGGCCCGACUUACGAGUGUUGUUUGGCGGCUUGCCAGCGAAAGUUCCAUCAAACGGCCAAAUCUUUCGUGGAUCAUGUCGGCCAACAUUUGGAGCGGUCCAAUGCCUCGCCCACAUCGGAUCAAUGUCCUAUAUGUUUCAAAACACGGAUUGAGCACAAGAAUCGGAAUGCCGAGGAUUUGCGGUCCAAAAAUGCGAAAAAGGGCUCGUGGUAUAAAUGCUGCCAAUGCUCGGCGUCUCGCUUAAGCGCCAAGAACUUCCGGGACCAUGUGAGUAAUCAUGUGUCCAAGCGCUUCAAGUGUCAUAUCUGUACCAAAGGCUAUGCCCAUCAACAUCUCUUGGAUGAACAUCUUCGAGUCAAGCACUCGCAAUUGACCGCCGAUCAUGAAAAGGUGGAUUUGCAUUGUCCUAAACCGGAUUGCCACUUCCAAACCGAUUAUCGACCGACUUUGAGGUCACAUCAACGAUUGGCCCAUGCCCAACCUCGUCCUCCCAGAGCCUCGCUUAAUACAGAAAGAGUGACUUGCCCGAAUUGUCACAAGGUCUUGAAGAAAUGGUACUAUCACCAAUACCACAAGAAAACGUGCUCAUUUGGUGAUGUGGUGUACCAAUGUGACGUUUGCCAUCAGGAUGGAUUUGCGAGUAAGGACACGCUGGAAAAUCAUAUUCGAGCUUUGCACACCGAUGAAAGACCUUUUGCGUGUGAAUAUUGCCCGAAGCGAUACGCCACCCAAAUGUCAUUGUCGGGUCAUCGAGCUCGGAUCCAUAAUAUGAACAAAUCGGGCGAGUUCGUGCCCAAAAAAAUGUUCCCUUGUGACAUUUGUGGCAAACUCUUAACUUCACGCACGAAACUUUUACAUCAUGUCAAGAUCAUUCAUGAGAACGAAAAAGCUUACACAUGUAGCUUUUGUGCGAAACGAUUCUCAUCCAAAUCCAAUAAGAUCGUGCAUGAAGGAGCGGUGCACACCAAGACUUACCCUUAUGCUUGUCAGAUUUGCGCCAAAGGUUUCACUAAGAAGAAAAACUUAGUCGUUCAUAUGGCAGAGCACGGACUGGUCGAUGAUUUAGCACCCAUUGAGGGCAAUCAGAUCAAAUCUGUUAACGUACACUCUCGGAACGAGGACGUGUCCACAAUAUCAUCCUCUCCUGCGUUUUUUGUCGUGUCCGAUCCGAAUAAUGUCAAACAAUGAUGUAGAUGGAGUUUUAGAAAUAAAAGCUAGCCCUCCAUGUUUGAAAUAGCAA